AAUAGCUUUGAGGGGCCUGCCAGAGUGGCAGAAAUACAGGACACAGGGCACCAGCUCAGAUCUGCUCUCUCCAGUAUUGCUACGUGAUACCUUGAGGCUUAUCAAAGGUUCAAGGGAAUUUGCCUGGCCCUGGAACAAGUGGCCAACAGCCAGGUCAUUGCGCUGGGAUGUAUUACACUCUGGAACCAAAUAUGUCCAUGACCACAGAAGACUAUUAUCCAGACUGGCUGGCUAGCCCCUGCCCCACUGCAUUCAGCCAGAAAUCCAGCUCUCUGCUUCUCGCCUUGCUCUACUGCCUCCUCUUUGUCUUGGGCCUGCUGGGGAAUGUCCUGGUCAUUCUGGUUCUGGUAGCCUGUAAAAAGCUGGGAAGCAUGACUGAUGUGUACCUGCUCAACCUGGCCAUCUCCGACCUGCUCUUUGUGUUCUCCUUCCCCUUCCUGACGCACUACACUCUGGACCAGUGGGUCUUUGGAAACACCAUGUGUAAGGUCAUCUCAGGAGUUUAUUACAUCGGCUUCUUCAGCAGCAUAUUUUUCAUCACCAUCAUGAGCAUGGACAGGUACCUGGCCAUCGUCCAUGCAGUCUAUGCCUUGAAGGUGAGGACAACCAGGAAGGGCAUGGCUGUCAGCUUCCUGGUGUGGUUGGUGGCUUUUUUAGCCUCUGUCCCUUCGCUGGUGUUUUACCAGGUGUCUUCCGAGGAGGGCACCCUCAAGUGCUAUUCCUUCUAUGAUGACAGAACUAUUGAGUGGAAACUCAUCACCCACUUUGAAAUCAAUAUCCUGGGCCUUGUCAUCCCACUCAGCAUCCUUGUUUACUGUUAUGCCAACAUCCUGAGGCACCUGAAGGGGUGUCAGAACCAUCACAAGAUCAAGGCCAUCAGGCUGGUCCUCAUCGUAGUGGUGGCACUUUUCCUCUUCUGGGUUCCCUUUAACAUGAUGCUCUUCCUGAAUUCCCUACACAACCUGCAUAUCCUGGAUGGGUGUGACUUGAGUCAGAAACUCACCCAGGCCACCCAGAUAACUGAGGUCAUCUCCUUCACCCACUGCUGUGUCAACCCUAUAAUUUAUGCUUUUGUAGGGGAAAAGUUCAAGAAGCACCUCUCUGAUAUCUUUGGGAAAUACAAACGUCAUUUCUGGGCAUACAAAGAAAGCUAUUACUCCCAGGAAUAUACAGAUAGAUCAUCUGUACCCCACUCAGCUUCCUCCACCACAGACUAUAUUUUGUGAAGGAGGGUAGUCCUGGCCCUGGUGAAAAAUGUUUGUAUGGAAUUCAGGGAUUGCAGGAAGGAAGCAGGGAGAAGAUGUUUUGUUCACAAGGAAGACAGACAGACAUUUGCUAUUUUCUUCCGGUAUCUCCUAUUAUGGAUUAAAUACUCUCUUCCUUCCCUCCUUCAUUUCAUAAGAGGCCAUUUGCAAUUUUCUGGAUAUAUUCCCUGGCUAAUGCUUUCUUUGGAGUUAGGAGGAGAGUUAACAGGAGCUAAAUUCUGAUCGCAUAAGUCAGGGUGUGCCAAGGAUUUGUAGAAGAAUCCUUAAAUUGGGAAUGGUCAGCAUCUAACCACAGGCUUUAGUUUCAUCUAACCUGCAGGGCACGUAUCAGAGGCAUACAUAAUGUAAAUACACUAGACUGGGGCUCAGAAGAAGCUGUGUUGUAGGCUUGGCUCUGCUGCUAACCAAAUGGGAAACUGUGAAUGUAACAGUUCACUUCUUCGUGAACAACGCUUUCCUCCGAUCUCCCUGCCUUUACUCAGGCUGAGUCCCUGGUCUGGAAUGCACUCCCUCCUUACCUCCCCCUCAUGGAAUAAUCCCCAACUUCCUUCCAAGCACAGCUCAUGGACAACUUUCCUCAUGAUCUACCUUUCCUAAUCCACCUUGCCCCCCUCCCACCAAGUUGUUAAUAUUCAGUCAUGUUCUUGAAAUAACUUUGUAUAUCUUUUUUUAUUUACUCACAUGUGUAAACAUUGUAGUCACUAGAAUAAUGUAUGCUUCCUGGGGGGGUGGGGGCGGGGAACCGAUUACUUUGUGUUUGUAUCCCCAGUGACAGCUUCUAGCACUUUCUCUCGCAAACAGUAGGCACUUCUAAAAAAAAAUUAAGUUGAGUUGACUUGCAUUGAAUUGAGAAUAUGGAUUCUUACAAAGCCACCAGUCAUUACGGCAUAAAGAAAAAAGCAAGUGUAUUCCAAGUGCCUCAGAGGGCUUUGAAGGAAACCCACCCAUUUGCAGUCAGGCAUUCAAAGCCUGACUCUGAAUCCUAGGAAUUGCAGUCCUGGAGACUACCAUGUCACAAAACUCUGAUCUAGUUCUGGGUGACCUUCUCACAAGCUGGAAUUUUUUUUUUUUAACAUGAUUAAGGGAAAAAGGAAAGGCUGACAGUGAAUGGGCGACAGGACAGAAGGAAACCCCUGCAGGGGUUUUAUGCUGUGUGUUCUGAGCACAGAGACUAAGCAGGGCAGGCUGGUCCCAGCAGCCAGAUCUCCACUCUACACAACAAAGAACAGAGAUGGAGACUGAUGGUUCAAAGGGUGGCCACUUCUUGGCGAUCGACUCAAGGACAUUAAAGAUUUAAUUUCCUCCCUGGUGUCUAUCUCUGAUAAACAUUUUUUUCUGUGUCUACAUGCAGUUUUUAUUUGUUGAUUUUUUUUGUUUUGUAUUAAAAAAAACCCUAUGAUCAAAAACUUCUUGAUGAUGCAUGUCUAUACAUUAAUUUUGUGCAGGUAGGAGGGCAAUGGAGGAUGCCUGUGAUUACCGGGAAUAUACAAAAUUUAAUCAGGACAAAGAACUGGGUUCAGAGCGGCUAGGAUUUUCUGGAUUCAUAGCGAGCAUUUUACUUAGUUUGGGGGCUCUGAGCUGUAUUUGUGAGAGAAGUUUAUGGUUUUGAUGUUUAUUGGUUGUUAAUAAUGUUUACCUAAAAUAAUAGAGAGAAAUGAUUCAUGUGGAACAGGACCAAUUCAGUCCUAGUCAUAGUUGUAACUGAGGUUGGGUUUGGUUUAGAAUAUAGGGUACAUCUAGGGGAAAACACUCCAGGCUCUUGAAUAAUGGGAGAAGAAAGAGGUGGUCUGGAAGAGUCCACUCCCCCUCCCCUCCUUUGGAAUUA